AGGUUUGAUCUUCUUGCAGUCCAUGGGACUCUCAAGAGUCUCCUCCAGCACCAGAAUUCAAAAGCAUCCAUUCUUCGGCGAUCAGCCUUCUUUAUGGUCCAGCUCUCACUUCCAUACAUCACUACUGGGAAAACCAUAGCUUUAACUAUAUGGACCUUUGUUGGCAAGGUGAUGUCUCUGCUUUUUAAGGGUCAUCCUGUUACCCUAACCAAUACCUGUUUGUAAUGCAGUUUGGAGGACAUGAAGAAAGGAAGACCUGUGGCCUCACUCCCACAGUGCCCAACUGCCGUUUCCCAACUGUCACUGUGCCCAGCCUGGAAUGUUCUGGCCCACACAGGUGACUCUGAGGACCGUGAACAUCCUGCAUGUCUGAGUCUCUCAUCUCAGUGCUUCACUUGCUUCACCUUGCCUGAGCUGCUUGUUUGGGUGGAGGGUUGCCUCCCAUGUGUGAAAAGGAGAGAACGAAGGCCAUGGUGGCAAGAAGAGGCCCUCUACGGCGUCGGCUUCGCCUGCUGAAGCUUGCUUUCAUGUUUCUGUUGUUAUUGCUCCCCCUCCUUUUCUCAGGGGCUGCCUGUAAGUGACAGAAGACCGGAGGAAGAGUGAGAGGGUUGAACCUCUUGACAUCCGCUGGGGAUCCUCACCUCGCUUCAUGGGUAGACCAGACCUGAAUAAAGAUCUACAUCAGGAUCUGCUUCCCCUGUGGAUCCUGCUGCCUGAGCAGGUUGCCUCACUGCAACUAGGAUUUGAAACCAUGGUUUGAAGCUGGAUCCAAAUACUGCUGGAAAUCCAUGUUUUGUGAAUAAAAUGUGUCUGUUAAGAAGAAGGACGAUGCACUUGAAGAGGGAAACCAGAGAUACACCAGCAGAGUCAGAGACUGAGUAUGAUAACACUUCAUAUGUCCCAGAAGACCUCCCAGCUUCAGAUAACCAGAUAACUGGAGCAGAAGAAAGAACUGUUCCAGCGUACAUUCUUAUUUAUUCAAACAGUUUAAUUCUAAAUUGUUUGACUGAAAAGCUGUUAGUUGAGGGAAUCAUUGAUCCCAAAUACGUAUGGUCUGGUCCCCGAGGACAAAUUACUAGAGAAUCACAGAGGUUUCUUUUAACGGAUGAUGGUAGCUUGCAGAUUUAUAAUAUUAAAGGCAGUGACUCUGGAGGUUACACUUGCAAAGUGAAUUAUAUAUACAAUGCUGAACAAAUGACUACCGAAAUCCAUUUCAUGGUUUAUGUGUAUCAUAUGCCAGAGAAGAGUCUCCGCCUGUCCUCUGAAUUCACAGUUCAAACCUGUGAAACCAAUGCGGUUGCUUCAUUUGAAAAGCAUUUCUUAAAGAAACUUGAGAGCUUAGUCUACAACCUGGGGUGUGAGAUCAAGCAGUGGAGUACACAGUGUCAUGCUUCUACAGACACACUGGAGAAGAUAACACACAAGCUGACCUUUCAGUUUGUAGUUUUCCCUUUAGCACUGACCACAGCAGACCUCUGUAGAAGUUCUCAAUGUGGAAAUUCCACCAGCAACAUGAAGGAGGCCUAUACCAAGAUUAGUGAGUUCUUUGAAGUCGAAAACGCGCACUCCUCUCACAGUGAUUAUUCAAGUUACCUUCAUGGUACACUGAAUGCAGUUAAAGUAGACCACUGCAAGCCAGGAUUUGGGAAGAUCAUAAAUGCCCUCAGCAAUAACACAGAGUGCCCAGGGUGUUGUGUCACCUGCCCGCCAGGUAGAUUCAGUGCAGAAUAUGGUACCAUCUGCACUCUGUGUCCUGCUGGAUCCUACAAUGAAAAGUAUGGUCAAGCAGCAUGUGAAAAUUGUCCCAAAACACAAAGCAGUGAUGGAGAGGGUGCAAAGACAGGAAGAAGUUGUCAUAAAAUUCUACCAAUGUGGAUGGUUUUUUUAAUAUCUUCCGCAGGAACCAGUCUUAUUCUUGUGACAAUUUGGGUCAUCAUAAGUAGGUGCUGCAAAAAAACAAUAGCUGCUCAAUACAUCAGAGAAGCAGAAUCUGGACUUAAGAGGCGGCUUCAGGCAUUUGCGAAUAUUGCAAGUGAUGCAGAAGUAGAAGAGCAAAGAAGCAAAUUAAGCCCCAUCAAAAUGCACAGAAACAAAGUGGAUUUUCUAGAAGAUGAAUCGGUGGGAUUGUUAAGCAACGAUGAAGCGACAGAACCACCCACCACUGCUGGUACAAGUCCAUCUCCUGUCCAAACAGGACUAAGCGAUUUAGAAAGUAGCUUUGAAGACAAGUCAAUACCCACACUGGACAAUGACAAUUUUAUUCCAAAGGACCUGCCACCCAAUCAGCAGAGAUUAGUUGACAUAAUGAAGCACAAUCUGCCCUAGCUGCUGUAAGGUUCUUCACAGAUUUGCAUAAACCUACAAUUAGGAAACAGAGGAAUAACUUCCUAAACAAUAUUCGCACGAAAGCUGAAAAAUGAGCUUGCUUAGUGCUUGCAAUUGGGAAGCAAUUUUCAGUCACUCUAUUUCUGGAGAGCACUUCAGCAGGAUAAUAUAGCUUCAAGAGGGCAGUGCAUUGAAGUACACUCAUUUUUCCCCCUCAAACUGGCAAACUGUCCAGUUUAGCAGAUAAUGGAAAUUGUUGAAGAAGCUUACUUUACAAAGAACUUGCUACAGAGCCAAAGAAGAAUCUAGACCAAAAGCAAUGCUGAGUUUAGAACUAUUGUAUUCUGUAAGCCAAGUGGAAAAUGUAAGGAUAUACCAUAUACAAUA